CCUAAACGUUGCAAUUUAGUACGUUAAUCCAUACCUAUUUGUCCGGUAGACGCUUACGUAUCCGGUCCAAUGGAGCGCAAUUAUCGUGAGGACCAAGGAAAUGAGAUUGAAGCUCUGUCUGCAAUUUACUGCGGCGAGCUAGAAGUUGAGCAUACGGAACCGUAUAAGUUUCGAUUGCCAAUUGCAACCACUGAAUAUGAUACGGAGGUAGAGACUGAGGGGUUAUCCUGCAAACUACUGUUCACGUACACCGAAAAAUAUCCCGAUACGGGGCCGCUGGUGGAGAUCGAAGAUCCAGACAAUUUCCACGAUGGUUAUGAGCAGGAGCUGCUAGAACACAUCCACAAAACGAUAGAAGAAAACAUUGGCAUUGAAAUGAUUUUUUCGCUCGUGUCCUCCGCCCAAGAGUGGCUGAACGUAAAGUACGAUGAGCUAAAAAAUGCGGCGGAAAACGCGAAAGAAGAAGCGAAACGAAAGGUGGAUGAAGAGGAGAUGAAAAAGUUCGAAGGAACACGUGUGACCGUGGAAACGUUCAUGUCUUGGAAAUCGCAGUUCGAGCUGGAUAUGGGCAUCACGGAGCGGAAGGAAAAGAUUGCAGCCGAAAACAGGAAGCUGACCGGGCGCGAGUUGUUCCUGAGCGACAACACGCUGAACGAAUCCGAUCUGAAGUUCCUGAUGGAUGCUGGCGAAUCGAUCGAAAGUGUGCGGAUCGACGAAUCACUGUUCCAGAACAUCGAUGAUCUAGAACUGGACGACUCUGACACCGAAGAUGAAGAUUAUGUGCCCGAAUGAACAGAGAGAGCAGUUGCUUCCUUGUUGCUUAAAGAUAUUGA